AUGGUCGUUGGGUCCGGAUCAAUUUCGCACAACGCAACGUCGCUGAUGGCGUCGUUGAAUUCCGAUUCUGGCUAUGGGGGUAGCAUAAUGGGCGAGAGUGCGGAUGGAUUGAUGGAAGACCGCCCUACGCCUUCACAUACUCCAGUUCUUCCAGGACAGUUCAAUGAAGCGGCUGAGCACGAAAGACAGGUGUCGCAAGCCAUGUCCAUCAAUUGCUGUAGUGCCAAUUCGAACCGAACUCAACUUAGUCGAUCGAUUACUCGUACCGUUGAACUUCUCAAGGAGCUUCAGCAGAUGAACCGCCAGUGGCCUGCUCACUACCCACCCGUCCAAUCCACUCAAUCCACAUCCGCUUCCGUAUCUAGUUCGCCGCGCGUACAGUCAUUCCAGCCCGAUGCAAUGAAUUCAGGUUCCUACGAACGGCCGGACCCUUUGCUGCGGCGUGCGACUACAGGGGUGGAUGGGAGUGUGAUUCCCGACCGCAGCGAAACCGUAGAAAAUGGACCUCCUCCCGGACCACGACUGGUGACGCCGCAGAUCGCCCAAGAAUUCUCUAUAUUAAAACUGGACCUUAAACUCGGCUCAUUGUCACAGUCAGAGUUGGUUCAUUCGUUGGAAAAAAGCUCCAUUGCCUCGUUGCUGGAUGGCAGGGAAAGGGCAUAUAACCGCAACGACGAGAGCACAUACGACGUAUACUCGAUACAAGACCUGGAGUCUCUAGUUGUGGACAACAGCAAGUAUAUGCAGUGCAAGAUUUAUUUGAAGGAUGCGAGGACAAUUGACGAGUCGUUGCUGAACAAUGGUGUGGUCGAUAUAUCCAUCAUCGAUGCCCCGGGCUUGAACUCCGAUUCCGUCAAGACCACUGCUGUCUUCGCACGCCAAGAGGAAAUCGACGUGGUCAUUUUUGUUGUUGGAGGUGGUGGAGGCGAUGGAGACGAUGGAGACGAUGGAAAUGGUGGAAAUGAUGGAACUGAUGGGGCCGCAGGAUUGGAUGGUGAGGAUGACUCAAAAGGCAAAGGAAAAGCCCCUACUGCAGCGGAUGAGAAGGGGAAAGGGAAGGACAAAGAGAAAAUCCAUGACUUUGAAAAUUUGGAGGGUGCAUUGCGCCGAUUCGUCCUUGACAAACGCUCACGUUCGAAGCUCGCACCAGCAAAGACCUAUCUCUUGAACAUCCUUUCUGAUCUACAUGUUCUUGCCUCUGCCAACCGGGAUGUCGCUUCAUCCGAGCUCGAUCGCAUGACAAAGGAACUAGAUGAACUUGUGCCUGCCUACGAGGGGAGCAAAAAGAGUCAGACGGAAGUUACUGAACAGCUUUCGAAUUCUAUUGAUGAAUCAUGCGAGGAUGUUUAUAACCAUUCUCGGUCAACUUUAUCCACGCGAGUAGCAACACUUGCUGAAGCCACUCUUGGAAUUGAGUAUCCUGGCUUAUUUUCUGCGUUCCAGUAUGCAGAAGAUCUGAAGGUAGCUAUGCUCGACGAGCUUGCUGCCUCCGUUUCUGCUUGCGAGGAUUACGCUCGGGGAAAAUCCAUCCAGGGAGUCAACAUGAUCCAGAGCAUCGGCAUUCUCCAUGUCGGAGAAGAUAAAUUCUCUAAUCUUAAUUUCCGCGCGGAUCUUAUGUUUAAGCAAAAGCGACAUGUCACUGCUAGGCAACUCGAUACUGAAGUCGAUCUGUGGGACUUUUUCGACGUCGCUGGCAUCUGGCAUCGGCAGGAGAAGGUUGCCGGAACUGGCAUGGCGAUGACUUUUAUAACCGUCCUUGGCGGAAGGGCCUUGGGUGGAGCAGGUUGGAUCGACGGUGUUCUUGGUGCUGCUAGGAUCCUGGGAACUAACAAUAUGCGGCGCAUGAUUGUGCCCGGCAUGGUCGCAGCAGCACUAUUAACCGCGUCAUACCUCCUCACCCAAAUCCCCACUGCCCUCCCUGCCAACAUUUCCCGCAAACUCUCCGAAACCCUCGCGGAGAUCGAUUAUAUUCACGCCAAUGCCAGCCGCAUCUCAUCUGAGGUGCGUCGUGUCCUCCGCAUACCCGCCUCGAGGCUACAAUCGACCCUCCAGACAACCACCGAGGAACUGUCUAAGCGGAAAGACGAAGUCGGCAAGACCAAGAAAGAGAGCGAAAUUGCCAACAAGUACUUCUCGAAUCUAUUCCGUGAAAGCAGGGAGACUCGCAGGGCGGUUGAGCAGGUUGAUUUGGAAUCGCCGCUGCCAGGUAGCAUGGCGCAAUAUCAGGGAUAA